AAAUAGCCCAGGCCUGAGGCAGCCAGGCCGCAGCUGUGGAUGCGUCUGCUUCCCCGUGGCUCCAUUGGCGCUGGCCUCGCAUUGGUGGGCUUGAUUGGCUGCCCAGCCUGGCACUGACGUCCCCUUUGAGCCUGGUGGCAGCCGGAGGUAAACAGCCAUGUGCAUUCCUCCACUCUAUAUUUAACAGCUGCGGCGUGUACCGGAGAAGACUGGGAGACAGGGACGGUGGCGGCUCUCAGGGCCGCUCUUGUCUUCAGGCCCUUGGAGCCAGGCUGGCACUGGCCUUCUCCGUGUGAACAAGGUUGUCAUGCCAGCUUCCCAGAGCCGGGCCCGGGCCCGAGACCGAAACAAUGUCCUCAACCGAGCUGAGUUUCUGUCCCUGAACCAGCCCCCUAAGGGGACUCCAGAGCCCCGCAGCUCUGGCAGAAAAGUCCCAGGUCCGUCGGCACAGCCCCCACCCCCUGGUGAUGGGGCCCGUGAGCGGCGCCAGUCACAGCAGCUGCCCGAAGAGGACUGCAUGCAGUUGAACCCCUCCUUCAAGGGCAUCGCCUUCAACUCCUUGCUGGCCAUUGAUAUCUGCAUGUCCAAGAGGCUGGGAGUGUGUGCUGGCCGGGCCUCGUCAUGGGCCAGUGCCCGCUCUAUGGUCAAGCUCAUCGGCAUCACAGGCCACGGCAUCCCCUGGAUUGGGGGCACCAUCCUCUGCUUGGUGAAGAGUAGCACGCUGGCCGGCCAGGAGGUGCUCAUGAACCUGCUUCUGGCCCUGCUCCUGGAUAUUAUGACAGUGGCCGGCGUACAGAAGCUCAUCAAACGGCGAGGUCCGUAUGAGACAAGCCCCAGCCUCUUGGACUACCUCACCAUGGACAUCUACGCCUUCCCAGCCGGGCAUGCCAGCCGUGCCGCCAUGAUAGCCAAGUUCUUCCUCAGCCACCUGGUGCUGGCAGUGCCCCUGCGGGUUCUCCUGGUGCUCUGGGCCUUCUGUGUGGGCCUGUCGCGAGUGAUGAUCGGGCGCCACCACAUUACAGAUGUCAUCUCCGGCUUCAUCAUUGGCUACUUCCAGUUCCGGCUGGUGGAGCUGGUCUGGAUGUCCUCAAACACCUGCCAGAUGCUCAUUUCGGCCUGGUGAGCGCCCACUGG